AUGCAGCCUGGGGAGGUCACAGGGCUCCAUUAUCUAGUUCCUUCAAGUUCAUCAUCUCCCUACCCUCCUCAUUUUAGCAUGAGCACUCAAAGCAACACCACCCCAUUUCAAUUCAACCGGUUUUCGAGCCCAUUAUACAAUAUACAAUUCCCUAACUCCCAUCUUCAAGAAAUUAAUAAUCCACAGCAACCAUCUUCUUUCAGCAGUAACUCAACUUCUGAUGAAGCUGAUGAGCACCAGCUAAGUCUCAUCAAUGAGAGGAAACAGAGAAGAAUGAUAUCUAACAGAGAAUCUGCCCGCAGAUCACGUAUGCGCAAGCAGAAGCACCUGGAUGAACUCUGGUCACAAGUAGUUUGGCUCAGAAAUGAGAAUCACCAACUUGUGGAUAAGCUGAACCAUGUUUCAGAGUCCCAUGACAAGGUUCUGCAGGAGAAUGCUCAGCUCAAAGAGCAAGCUUCUGAUCUUCGCCAAAUGCUCACUGAUCUGCAACUGCAUAGUCCUUACCAUCCUUCACUUAGAGACCUAGAGGAUGUUCCUUGCAACACAGCUUAUCUGAGAUCCGAGUCCUCGAACCAGUCCAUCACAAGUUCAAUGGAUUUACUAGGCUAA